AUGCAACCCCCUGGCUCCAACCUGAUGAUAUACCGGUCCUAUGACAGUGUUAGCUUUCAUCUUCUUGUCACCUUGCCUCCUGGUGAUUACAUAACAACCUGCGCUACUAGUAUUACCCAUCAUACCACUGUCUUCCUGUCGGAGCAUGACAACCUCUACAUUGCUAAAACAGGUAUUGGUGAUCGCAUCAUCAAAGCAACGGGGAGUAUUGACGUUCAUCACCCAUUAGUUCUACUCAUCAAUCAUCUUGGUGAUGUCUAUACUGCUGGUCUUGACCACCAUCAAACAUGGGUUCAACCUGUCGAUAUCAACACUUAUAUUAAGGAGGCAUCUAUCCCUCUCCAGGCUCCAAUCACCAUCCAGCAUAUCACUGCUACAAGAUUUAUGCUCUGGCAAGAACAAGAUGAUCACCAUGGUGAAAAAGAGGAGGAGGAGGAGGAUCACCAUGGUGAUGAGGAGGAGGAGGAAGAAGAAGAUCACCAUGGUGAUGAAGAGGAGGAGGAGGAAGAAGAAGAUCACCAUGGUGAUGAAGAGGAGGAGGAGGAAGAAGAAGAAGAUCACCAUGGUGAAGAAGAGGAGGAGGAGGAGGAAGAAGAAGAUCACCAUGGUGAAGAAGAGGAGGAGGAGGAGGAAGAAGAAGAAGAUCACCAUGGUGAAGAAGAGGAGGAGGAGGAGGAAGAAGAAGAAGAUCACCAUGGUGAAGAAGAGGAGGAGGAGGAAGAAGAAGAAGAAGAAGAUCACCAUGGUGAAGAAGAAGAGGAGGAGGAGGAGGAAGAAGAAGAAGAAGAUCACCAUGGUGAAGAAGAGGAGGAGGAGGAGGAGGAAGAAGAAGAUCACCAUGGUGAAGAAGAGGAGGAGGAGGAAGAAGAAGAUCACCAUGGUGAAGAAGAGGAGGAGGAGGAAGAAGAAGAUCACCAUGGUGAAGAAGAGGAGGAGGAAGAAGAAGAUCACCAUGGUGAAGAAGAGGAGGAGGAAGAAGAAGAAGAUCACCAUGGUGAAGAAGAAGAGGAAGAGGAAGAAGAAGAUCACCAUGGUGAAGAAGAGGAGGAGGAAGAAGAAGAAGAUCACCAUGGUGAAGAAGAGGAGGAGGAAGAAGAAGAAGAUCACCAUGGUGAAGAAGAGGAGGAGGAGGAGGAAGAAGAAGAUCACCAUGGUGAAGAAGAAGAGGAAGAGGAGGAGGACCAUGGGGAUGAAGAGGAGGAGGAAAUCAAUGUUCUCAAUAAGACAGCAGUUGGACAGGAAGUAGUUGGAAGUGGUGUCAGCCUUCUGAUAACCAACAUGAGACAGUUGUCUGGAGGAACGCGAGUUGCCAUGGCAACUUCUCAAGAACCCAGUAUUCAGAAAAACAUGAAAACACCGGAUAUAGCAGAGAAUGUUGAGGGCCUACUUCUAAAGGAGUCACCAUGUCAGCAUGUGAUGACCCCGCAUCCCAGCGUUGCCGAGCGACCAACCAGGUUCAUGGAUGUAGGGGAUACAUUCACCUUCCAUAUCUCUGCAAGCUAUGUGGGAGAGAUUCGUCAGACUGAGAAGGCUAUGUUAUCGGUACAAGUGACCAAUCCAUAUCUGAUCCAUGUUCAGAUCAUACGUACAUAUAACAGAUACGGCAUGGAAACAGCUAUCAUCACAGUUACUCACAAAAUACACAAUAAAGGUAUUACAGCUAUAUUGAUAAGUAUCCCUUCAGCCUCUCUUCGUUGUAACUCUGUCUCCUUCACAUUGACCAUACAUUGUACCUGUCCAUUGACAAAGAGACUUCAUUUUGUCUAUGAUCCACCUGUCACGGCACAAGAAUACCUCUAUGGCUCACCAGUCAACAGAAAGAACCAGUCCCUUCUUGCUACCUUAGGUGUAAACUAUAGACCACCAUCGGGAAUGGGUAUCGCUGUUCCACUUACCAAAAACAUGUACAAUGCUGACCCUAGUCAACCUAGACGCAACGACCGUUAUCAAGUAUCAAAGGAAAGUGGUUUUUACAAGCAGUGUGCAGGCAAGAAGACUAGAGAGGAAUGUGAGUGUACCGAGGAGAUGAGAUUAUCAUCUUUGGAACUCUUCACAGACUGCAGAGAAAAGGUAUAUCGCAUCACGUACACAGAGGCCCUGUACCCACGUCUUGUUAUCAGCGAAAGGGGUAAAAAAGAUCAAGUCUUAUCUGACCCUUACAUACUUACCAUCAUCGAAGUUAACAACAGGGAUGAUUUCCUCAUUGAAGCUGCCCGGGUGGAGUACAUGCCAGAGAUUGCUGAGAUUGUUGGUAUUACUAUCACACAGCUUCACAGUCCUAAUCAACUUGUCAUAAAAUUCCUUGCUACAGAGCUAUACCAUUUCAGAAUGACUGUGAUUGAUGGUUUCUCAUACUGUAUCCUGGAAGAUGAAUUUCAGAUCUUUGUGGACAGAGCGCCUCUACCGGGGUUAUCUCAGAUGAUCAUCUUUGCUACAGUCAGUGUUCUGAUGGGAGCUGCAGUAUUUAUCAUCUACCUCAAACACAUCAGAAAAACACAUAUCCACCGAACUCGAUCCAAUAUGGCACUGUUUGAAGGAAAUUGAACCCUAUUGUCCAUGACUGCAAUUGUGAAAAUAAAGUGUUUUUUAAUCAUCUUGAUUUUGCCAACAAAUUCACAAUACUCAGGGGGUGUUACAAAAGUGUGACUAAAAGUUGAACGUUACCCUGAGGUAAAGUAUGUGCGGAUUAUAAAAUAGGUGUAUUAUAUCAAGCAUCGCGAUUGGCCAAUACGCGUCACAUGACAUCCAACUUUUUUUGUGCACUGCACGGCUGUGCAAAAGGUGCGCAACGAAAAUUGACAUUGCACGCUCAAGCAAACCAGUGUGGUAGAAGUCCAACAAAACUGUACUGUAACUUUUAAAAAAAUUGUUUCUGUGUUGCUAUUUUAUAAAACAAAUAAUGCACUUGCUCUGUCGUGCGUAAAAGUAAAUGCAGAGAAAGCUCGGUUUCUUCAGAUGGAGCACACUGGGCACUCGCCGCCAGCGGCUCGUGCACAGUGCGGCACCUAUCUAAAGAAACCUCGCAUGCUCUGCAUUUCCACUAACGCACUCGGCUGCAUGCAUUAUUUGUAUAAUAUAACAUGUCACUGCAUUGGUCAAAUCAUUAUUAUUAUUAUCCACCAGGUUGCACGUUAGAUAAGAUGUGCGCGAUAGCAUUUAAUAAGCAUGACUCUAAGUCACAUUUAUCCUUUUGUGAAAUGCCCCCCCCCCCCCAGUGUUUAUUGUAAUAUGAUUGAUUAAUUAGAUGCAUUAAUAUGUCUUGGUUUCACUGACAUAAGGAUGUAAUUCAGUUUUUGUCCAUUUCAAUAUUUUGUUAUUGAUAACGCAGAUAUUAAAUUCUAUGGAACAUUAGUUUAAGUACCUAUUCUGCUAAUAAAGCAAGAAAGCACCUGAUAACAGCCCAGUAGGGCAUACUCUGUUGACAUACAAACAGCCUUCAUUUUACAACUAUCUGCUUGGUAGAAAAUAAUAAGAUAUCUCUUUUCACCAAAUUACUGUUGUUUUAAAGUCCUUUUAAUUGCAAACCCUCAAUCUGUGUUUCUUCACAAACACAAUUUGUAAGGUAUUGCAAAUAUGAAUGAGCAAUUCUUAUUAGUUCCCGGGUGUGUAUUUUGAACAAAAGGCACAUGAACUUAAUUGGCCACUACUGUUUUCCAAUUAAUUGCAAACCUGUGUCUUACAGAGCUCUGUUGUAUUGGUAAAAGUGUUGACCUUUAGAUCAUGAUAUUUGUCUAUCAAAGUAAAAUAUCUUUUCUUCUCUCUUUAAUUAUUAUUUUUAAUAUUGUAUUUCAACAUUUCAUGUAUAUUCAAUUAACUGCUGGUUUAGCUUACCUAAGCAAAGAAAAAUAAGUUUUAUGAAAAAGUUUUUUAAAUAUGCAAUUUAAACAUUCUUGCCAUUCGUAUUUGCAAGUGAAAUUAAGUUAAUUUCAAUUUUGCCUUAAUGUACAUAAUGUGUAUGUAUAGGUGUAUUCAUUGUCAUAUUUGAUUUUGGAUAUUGUUCCCAUAUGUAAGACAUGAUUAAUUAAGUCCUUCUACAAGCUUUUUCUGUAAAAUAUACCAUAAUUUGUCUCAAGAAAAAAAUGUUAAUGAAAAUGUUUUUUUAUUGCUAUUUCAUUCUGUCAUUUAUGUAUGCAAGUUGAAUUGUGUGUUUUUUUUUGGAAAUAUGACCUGAAAUAAAUUCAAAAUUUAUGUACAUGUAUGAAUAUUUCUUUUUGUUGAAUAAUGAUGAAUCAUAUUUCAAAUUUGUAGAUAAUAUUUUGAUGCACAAAGUCUGGAUUUAUUCAGGCUCUCUUAAAAAUGAAUUGCCAGUAAUAAUUCUAUUGCAAUUAUAUUGAAUCCUGAGAGGAAGUACGUCCAUGUUAAUAUUUAUAUGCCUCAUUUGGAAAUCAGGGUCAUGUUUUAUAAACACUUGUUCUAAUAACAAAUGCACAAUUUCUCGAACAGGUUUACUAUCUACCAAUCAAAUAUAAUUAUUUCAGUAGCUUUAAACUGUUAUUGCAAGUUUGUUAUUGCAAUAUGUUUUAUGAAACAGGCCUAAAGUUAGAAAUACACAACUUUCAUAAGGAUAAGAUUCAUUUGCUUUUGCUGAAAUUCACAAACAUUCUAUCAUAUUCCUUUAUAUCAUAAUAUGAAAAUUUUCUUAUGAACUUGACUGGUAUAGGUUUAUUUGGGGAUUUUGCUAUUGAUAAUAAAUUUUGAAAAACAGUUUUAAA